AUGCCUAGCUCAGUCCACAGUUUGAGCGACUACGAUGAAGCGGACACCGCCUUCCGUCACUCGCUUGGUCUAGGCACUAGGCGAGACCGCGAGGAUUUCGUGACGUUUCAAGAUCCCGAUGGGGGUGUAAUGAAGAUCCCUCGAAGCGAGUAUAUAGCAAUGAACAUAGAUUUGGAAGGACAGGAAAUGAGUGAAGGUGACGUUAUGCUAGCUCGUAAAGAUGAAGAAGACAUGACUUCUGCCCGGAGUAUGGAGAGCCUGGCUAAAUCUAGAUCACUCCCUUCUAUCAGCUCGACCUACCCUUUUGGCCCGUUGGUUGAAGAUGGAGGUAUGAUAGCUGAAGAUCAAGUUCCAGAAAUGGAAGAUGACUUCAAUGAUAACGAAGAUGAUGAUGGAUUGUCUUUACCUGAUCUAUCAGAAGAUGGUUCUGUUAUCGAAAGUCCCUUGAACGACAUGCAUGAUCCAAUGGAGAUUGCUGCUACGUUACCCGAACCUAGUAUAUCCAUAACAACACCUAUCGACUCUCAACCAAACACAUCUACGGCUUCUUCUGCGGGUAAACAGACCGUUGAGGAAUUUAGGAUCACAGAGGGACCGCCACCUUGGGUCCUAAGGGAGUUCGAAACCGGUGGUGGACAUGGUAUAGCUAUUAGUCCAGAUGGCUCUACCAUCGUCAAGAGAACCCAUCUUCAAGAGAUCAUCGUGUACGAACGGAUCAACUGUAAUGACUCACCUCUACGAGCUAUCAAAGAUUGGGUACCAAAUUACGAAGGGUGUUUCACCGACCAUCCGUCGGUCUUGGUCACUGUCCCGGAGCUAUCUUAUCCGUUCUCGAAGGCAGAUUCAUCAAAUUCUCACCUACGUCCUCCGAUGAGUCGCAGACCGGGGUUAUUAAGGAAUAACACCUCUGAUACCCAUUCCACUUCGAUAAUGCUUGAAAAUCUGAAAUACGGUUACAAACCCAGUACGAUCUCAGAAUUCGACAUCAAGCUAGGAAGAAACAUGAUUGAUCCAUGGGCAAGCGAUAAUACUGCACCUAAAUUGAAGAGAAUGGAAGAUCAAGUGAAUGAUACAACUAGUAAAUUAGAUGCUGUCAGGUUGAUUUGGGCCAAUACUGCGAUACAAGAUGCGAUCACCGGCGAAUGGGAUCAUGUGAAGACCGAUAAGUAUUAUGGUAAAUCGUUGAAAAGGACUGAAGACGACCAUGAAAGAGAGGACUGUGAUACUCUUAAUGAUGCUUUUGUGAGGUUAUUCCCCUCGCCUAGAGAUACCAUCGUAUUCAAAGGUGAUUCGUCAAGAUCGAAAUCGACACAGCCCGUUAGUGCAUUCGGUAGUGAUUUGGAGAGAUACCGACAUGAUGAGCUCCUAAAUCCUGAGAAGAACCCAAGACGAUUCGCCUCUACCAUGAGCGGUGUAAGUCGUACUUUGCCUGACCUAUUUGAUCUACAACGAAUGAACAAGGAGACAGACCAAGUAGAUCUAAUGAUAAGCACUAUGAGACAUAUUCGAUAUCGUAUAAAAUCGCUUAAAGAAGCCGUCAAACAAACUUCUUGGAGAUUUGUCGGAUCGUCCUUAUACGUAGUCCACGGCGAAGAUGAAGAAGAACUAGACGAACCUAAUGGAUUGACCAAUUCGUUGGUAGAGGAAGACGUCAAUGAAAGUCAAAUUGACUCAUACCUUCAUCUAAUCGGAUACAAUAAUUACAAUUCGAAGAAUAACGAAUAUUAUCCAAAUCUAAAUACCCGAAUAAGCGUCGACGAUUUACCAGAUAUCAAGUUUCACUAUUUCUCACCUUUUUAUGAGGCCGAGAGAGAACCUCAAGUGAAAUUGAUCGAUUUUGCUAGAACUGAUUAUGGUGAAGGACCAGAUAAGGAUGUCAUGGAUGGUUUACAGACGACAAUCGAUUUGAUGUCGAAAAGGAUCGAUACGCUGAAAGAUACGAAAAAGGAUAUACAAAGUCAGAUUCAGUCAACUAGGGAUGAGAUCAUGAAUGCGAGUAGGAGCUAUUAG